AUAUGCUGCAACACACAGUCUCAGUCAAGGAGGUUUUGUGCUUUAAACAGAGGGGUGUGUGGGUGGGGGGACCAGAACACAGUCCUAACUCCAUUCUUGGCCCAGGUUUCAGGGCCACCCCUCCCAGGGCUCUCUGGCACUCCAGUUCCUAGCAGCCUCCUAGCCUCAGGAGGUUUACUAACUUUCCAAUUUCUUAAAACCAGAUGCUAGAGGCCCCUCCCCCACUUACUCACUCCCCCUCCCCUGUGACUCACCUGCUGCCUGCAGAGCCAGGCUGGGAGCAGACAUGGAGCCUACCUGCCCAGGAGAUACAGGUUGGAGGCAGCCCUGACUGAGAAGGGACUGACACAGGUUGAUUAACUGGUGCCCCCCUCAGUGUUCUGCACAUCACACUGGCCCCUCCCAGUCCCCACACAUGGCUAGCAGGGAACAGGUUGGCCAUAGCAUUGUAGGUAGUAACCCUAGGGUGACCAGAUGUCCCAAUUUUAUAGGGUCAAUCCCAAUUUUGGGAUCUUUUUCUUAUAUAGGCUUCUGUUACCCCCCACCCCCAUCCCAAUUUUCCACAUUUGCUGUCUGGUCACCCUAAGUAACCCCCUAUGCGAGCACCCCUGCAGGCAGUAACUAGACAUUUGGUGUCCAGUCAGUACUUCUGAUUGGACAUGGUACAUGAUCCCUUUUGAUCAGAAUUUCUGGCAGAAAACCAGACAUGGUAACUCUAAGUCAGCUCUGCUUCCUCACUGGGGCAGCAUUUACAGGGCUACUUCCCUGAGCCCCUAGCUCUGGGGGACCCCCAGGUGCUAACACCACCCCCACUGUGAUUUAUGCCCCCAUACAGCUGCCCACUAGCAGCCCUUUAUAGGCCCAGAUGGAGCCCAGCCCUCUUUAAUUAGCUGGACUAGGCUCACCUGCUCCAGGCCAGGGACACUGGGCUAAGUCUAUCCACAGAGACCAGCUACCCAUUCAGCCCAGAUCUGUCAGGGUCACAGUACAAGAUGCUUUAUAGAUGGAUUCCCACAAAGAAGCCCAGCCGAAAGGAGACUUUGAAUGCCAACUAUGUGGGCUAACAGCCCCAUACAGCUAUUACGGGCAGAAACCACCAAACACUCAUUCUGUUGUCCUCCUGGAAGAAAGCUAUGUCAUGAAAGAUCCUUUCGUCCCCGACAAGGACAAAUUCCUUAUCCUUGGAUCUCAGUGCAGUUUGUGUAACAGACGUGUGUGUGUGGGCACAGAAUGUAGUCUAUUCUACUCAAAAAGGUUCUGCCUCCCCUGUGUUAAUGAAAACCUACAGGGGUUUCCUUUGGAAAUACGACAAGACUUGGAUAAAAGGAAGUCUCAUUCAAAAUCCCACCCCUCCAAAAAAGCAGAUGCAAGAACUUAAAUUAAAAGCAACUGGAAGAGACACUGCUCAGAGUUUCUGUUCUACAGCACGCGAUCACAAAGCAUAUCAGAAUGGAUAUUCAUAGAAAAGUAUGUGGUCUGGAGGCCAUUGCGUCAACACUAAUGCCACAUGAUGACUUCUGCAAGCAGAUAAACUUGGAAUGGAACAUAUCUGCCGAUACUUACAAGACUGCAGCCUCUUUUCACUCCAACUUCCAAUGAGGUGGAAACAGCCUUUGGAGGGGGAGUGGGAAAGGAUUCCUUCCUAGGUGCAGCAUUUCCUUUACAAAUUAGUAAAAGAGAAUGCUUUCCGGAUCAUUUUUUGAUCUUGACUGGCCAAUAUGAUUUACUUGGAAAUAAUAAAGUUCAGCCGGUAUACUCUGUCCAAUUAACCCUUGCCUGUCUUGGGCAAUUAAAGAGACAUUCAAGAGAGAUUUAAAUUAGGCUGUGCAGGUUUAAACAAUUAUUAUUGAAAUGAUGGCCUUUAUUGAUUUUGCUUUACUUGCACGGGAUAUUUUAUAGAAAAAUUAAAGUCAAUGUGAACUUUAA